AUGGCAAGAGAAAAGAUUCAGAUCAGGAAGAUCGACAACGCGACGGCGAGACAAGUAACUUUCUCUAAACGAAGAAGAGGUCUUUUCAAGAAAGCUGAAGAACUCUCCGUCCUCUGCGACGCUGAUGUUGCCCUCAUCAUCUUCUCUUCCACCGGAAAGCUCUUUGAGUUUUGUAGCUCCAGCAUGAAGGAAGUAUUAGAGAGGCAUAACUUGCAGUCAAAAAACUUGGACAAGCUUGAUCAGCCAUCUCUUGAGUUACAGCUGGUUGAGAACAGUGACCACGCCCGGUUGAGCAAAGAAAUUGCAGACAAGAGCCACCAACUAAGGCAAAUGAGAGGAGAAGAACUUCAAGGACUUAACAUUGAAGAGCUGCAACAGCUGGAAAAGGCCCUUGAAGCUGGCUUGACGCGUGUGAUUGAAACAAAGAGUGAGAAGAUUAUGAAUGAGAUCAGCGACCUUCAAAGAAAGGGAAUGCAAUUGAUGGAUGAGAACAAACGGCUAAAGCAGCAAGGAACACAACUAACAGAAGAGAACGAGCGGCUUGGCAAGCAAAUAUGUAAUAAUAUGCAUGAAAGAUACGGUGGUGUUGAGUCAGAGAACACCGUCUUGUACGAGGAAGGGCAUUCGUCGGAGUCCAUUACUAACGUCGGAAACUCCACCGGCGCUCCUGUUGACUCCGAGAGCUCCGAUACUUCCCUUAGGCUCGGCUUACCGUAUGGGGGUUAG